GAAAAAGGCAAAUUCAUUUCAAUUUGAUGAAUCAAUAUGUAAAAUCAAGCAUUUAAAAUUCUGGAGAAGGCCAACAAUCUCUGUGUUGACUUCAGGUUGAGUAAGAAUACUUACUUUGAGUAUAUGUACACCAGGAGCAGUUAAACAGUUAAAUACGUUGGUCACAUAGCAGCUAAUUAGUAAAGAUCAUAGCCUUUUAAAAAUAACUUUCUAGCUGAAGAAAAAGAAUAAUAAAGCAAUAUGCACACAACUUCUUUUCAUGAUUUACUGGUUGGGCAAUGAGUCCAUUCAUCGUAUUUUCGUAUUUUAUCUGUCUAAAAUGUUUAUAUUUAAAGUAAGAUGUUUAAACAGUAUUGGGUUAUCUUCUUGUCCACACAUUACAGAGUAUGUAGCCUUUAAACCAAAGUUUUAAAACCUGGGUUUUAAAAAGAGAACAACCACCUAUCAGCAAUUAUAGAGACAAGGGAACUUGUAUAUCUGAAAAUGAAAUGUUAUUUGGCCGCUCUUGAGUUGCCUUAGCUGGGUCUAAUAUGAGGAAAUUUUAAAAAGAAUGGGGGCUACUUAUACUGGAGAAGAACACUACACAUGUUGCAGAGAGUGGUUUUGGAAUCUAUCCAGACUCACUUCUAAAAUAAAAAUUUAAACAGCUGUGUUUCAGAAAUGCUUGUGCACAAUUCUCUUAGAAUAGAUUGGGCUGAUGCUUGAGGUGCCUUUAGUCCUUAAUACUUCAAUUGUUCUAUUUAUAUUUUGAGAUAAACAUUUAUGAAUUUGGGGAAAAGUACCUUAGUUACAAUAUGCUUUUUAUUGAACAUUUCAAGAACACUGUAUUAUGGUUAUUUUACUAAGACAAAGAUGAUAGAGUCUGCAACUCAGAGAAAUAAAAGGAAUUAGUUUCAAAACUCUAUCAUAGUUUAAGUUUUGUUAAGAAAAAAUUAUCGGAGCCUGACACUGAGCAGUCCUUAAUGUUUUUAAACUUUGGAGGAAUUGAAGGUAUUGUAUUUGGCAAAAGAACAUUUUAGAGCAUGUAGAGAUUUAGUAAAAAAAUAUUUCAUGAUUUGAAAAUAAGGAAAAUCAUUCUCAUUUCUCAUCAAACAACAAUAUGUCUAUUUUAUUACAGCACACCUUUGUGAGUUUUCUAGGCUACAGAAAGGACAGCCAAUAAUGUAGGAAGAACAAUUUUCAGAAUACAGUGAAAUUGCAGGCUAAGAACUCUUCAACAAUAAGUACAUUUAAUAAGAACCAUGGCUUUAAAAGUGCUACUAGAACAAGAGAAAACAUUUUUCACCAUUGUAGCUUUACUAGCCUAUUUGGUAAGUAAAGUGAUUUGUGAAACGGGGGACUGUAGACAACAAGAAUUCAAGGAUCGGUUUGGAAAUUGUGUUCUCUGCAAGCAGUGUGGACCAGGCAUGGAGUUGUCUAAGGAAUGUGGCUUUGGCUACGGGGAGGAUGCUCAGUGUGUGACUUGCCGGCUGCACAGGUUCAAGGAGGACUGGGGCUUUCAGAAAUGCAAGCCGUGCCUGGACUGUGCGGUGGUGAACCGCUUCCAGAAGGCAAACUGUUCUGUCACCAGUGAUGCUGUCUGUGGGGACUGCUUGCCAGGGUUUUAUAGGAAGACAAAACUUGUUGGUUUUCAAGACAUGGAGUGUGUACCUUGUGGAGACCCUCCUCCUCCUUAUGAACCACACUGUACCAGCAAGGUCAACCUCGUGAAGAUCCCGUCCACAGCCUCCAGCCCGAGAGACACAGCCCUGGCUGCCGUGAUUUGCAGUGCCUUGGCUACUGUCCUGCUGGCUCUGCUCAUUCUCUGCAUCAUCUAUUGUAAGAGACAAUUUAUGGAGAAAAAACCCAGCUGGCCUGUUCACUUGAUCCCAUCCUUGUGCUGUGAUGACUCCUGCAGCAUCGACCAGGUGACUCUUGCUUGCAGGGUGCAUUCCCAGGCCACACUUCAGGAGAGAAAUGCAGGUCCUGUGGAAGAGACCAUGCCAUCUUUCUUCGGGUCCCUUUCUCAGUCCAUCUGUGGCGAGUUUUCGGAUGCCUGGCCUCUGAUGCAAAAUCCCAUUUUUGGUGAUGAUAUCUCUUUUUGUGACUCUUAUCCUGAACUCACUGGAGAAGAUAUUUAUUCUCUCAACCCAGAAAAUGAAUCCUUGGAUUCAAACAGUAGUCAGAAUUUGGUUGGUGGCACUGUUCCAAUUCAAGCUUCUUCUGAAAACUUUACAGAAACUACUGAUUUAUUUAGAUACAACCCACUGACAGAACCAGUGCGAACUCAGGAUGCACUAAUUACUAGAAGCCAGCUAGGUCAAACGAGUGGAGAUUUCAAUAACCGAACCACUCAAACUCAGACAUCCCUCCAGGGAGCUUUUUAGGACUCCAUUCUUCCUGGAUUAGAGGUGCACGUAUGGAACCCAAGGGGCACACACGCCUCCACUUACACUUAUGGACUGAGCAGUCUGGACCUUUCAUGGCUUCUGGAGGGAAAUUUAAAUCUGAAUCAAACUAAUGACUUUUUAAGCCUUUCAACCAGUUGCUUCUGAGCCAGACCAGCUGUAAGCUGAAACCUCAAGGAAGAACAGAACAAGACUGCAGGCACUCAUGAUGCUUUGCAUCUUUCCUAAACAAGAAGCUUCUAUGCUACAAGUAUGACUUCAAGGACUGAUGCACUGAGUUGGCAGCCAGGAAGGUUAUGGACCAAUAACAAGAACCAGAAAUGCAUUUUGGUUCGUGUGUAUUUUCAUGGUGAAUGUGAUUUCACAAGACUCAAGAUCCAAAGUAUAAGUUUUCAUCUAUAUUUUCUUUUAAAAUAAUUUUAUAUAGUCAAUUAUCCUACUAAAAGUCAAUGUUAGAUUAGUUACCUUAGUUUUUAUGUAGAAUGGGUUAAAAAUGAAUGUUUCUAUUUGAGGAAGGUCACUUUUUGGUCAUCUAAACUAAUUGACUUAGAAGGCUAGAAUUGACUUCAUUCUGCCUGCCUAAAUAUUGGGUUUAUUAGUUGAAGUCAAUUGACCAAACUAGAAAUUAGAGGAAAAGAAGUUUUUUAAAGAAUCAACAUUUCUAACCUCAGCCAGCAGCUCACAAACACCUACUUUCUGGAGCUAGUCAUGAGAGGACUGUGUCAGGGAACAAGGUGGAGAAAGGCCACCCAUCACCCUGAGUCCAAAACCACUGAACACACACAUUCUAGAGACUUGCAUACAAAGAUGAACAUAUUUCUAUGGAAAUCAGUUGGUAUGGUAGCAUCUGUUACUCUGUCCCUGUGACAGAAGAUGCAGAAUUUCUCUUUUAUAGAAAAGUAUUUAUUAAGAUAAUGAUCUUUUUCUUUUUCUUUCUCUUAAUCACCCACAAACCUGUUCUCUGUAUCUAUGAGUUUUUUGUUUUGUUGUUGUGGUGUUUUGCCUUUCAUACUAAGGAAUUUAGAAAUGACAACAUAUAUGGUCCCUUUACUACUGAAAUAUAUCACCAAGUGAACAAUCUUAUGAGACUAUACUACAUAUUAUAACCAGGAGAAAAAGCAGUUUGACAGCGACCUCUGAGUGAACAGCCUGUAACUACUGCAUUGUAGUUUAACCAGUAUUACAGUUUCCCUCUGAUCUCAUCAGCUUAGUUAGGACAAUAAUGUCCCAUCUUAGCCAAACAAUUCUGAUUUAAGUGUGAAGCUUCUGUUCAGAUGCUUACCCCAUCCUUUCUCACAUUGGAAUUUACACACUAGAAAUAUCUCUAUAGGUAAGAGAGAAAUAAAUGCAGAUCAGACAUAAACUGGGGAUGGCUCAUUUCUCUGCAUCUUUUAUGGCCCAGAGAAGUUAAUUGAACAGGAUUUAUUUUUUCUUUCUUAAACCUACAUGAUUAGAUCUGGCCUUUUAACUGAUUCCAUUAACUUUGUCCCAUUUGUACUUUAAAAAAAAGAAAGACCUUUGAACAUCAGUAUGUUAGUAUGUACUAAAAUAUUUUGUUUCAGAAUUAUCCCAUCCAAAUCAGUGAAUUUUGCCUAAACUAAACAUUUUAAAAACCUAGACAUUAUUGUCUCAUUUAUUACCUCAAACAUUUCUCUCUUUGUAAGAGAUUAGUAAAACCUAAUGAUCUCCUUUUCUGUGGCUAGAACAGUUUCUCUAUGCAUAGUUUCAGGCUCUGAUAUGUGCAUGUUAGCUUGCCUGGGUUUGUCCUUCUCAUGACCUCAGUUCAUUUAACUGAAAUAUGAAAUUAGAGUGUCUCAUGAUAACUCACAAUUUUGUUUGAGCACCCAGUCAUAAUCGAUUCAUUUCUACUACUUGUUUGUGUGUUGUAUUUUUUGUUUUGUUUUGUUUAACCAUAAACCAAUAGUUCUUAAUCUUUGGAACUCACCAACUCUUAUGAGAAUUGUCUUUAGGAAACUCAGGUGAAAUAUUUAGGAAUUGAUCACAAGAUGUCUAUAAAAAUGCUCUUUAACUUCAUAUAUGUGUUCCAUUGUAUGCAAUUUGAUCAUUUUUGAUAUGAAAGAGGGAUGAUCAAGUAAGCCAAGGUUGUGCUCAUUUUUGUAACCUGAAUAUAUUUUCCAUAUGAGCCCUCAUUAACUUUAAAGACAAACACUUGCUGGAGAAAGCUAGAUUGAUGAGAGUGAGACUGGCCAGAAAAUAUUGAAACAUCACUUUUUAUCAGUAGAUAAAUAUUUAGAGUCAAAAGUCAGUUUGAUUUGACAUUGCAUUUGAAAAAUCCUGCAUUAUUUUUAUUAAUAUGAAGACAUUUUACCCCACUACUAUAGACACAUACAGUGUUAUAUUCUACAUUCUUUGUAAACAUUUGAGGAAAAUCAACUUUGCAUUUCAUAUUGUUGGAAUACCAUCUAUCACUCAAAUAAACUCAACUGCUAGAGUGCUGAAGCUGGGAACUCAUUAAGUAAUAACAUAGCUGGGAAUGCAUAAUUGUGACUUUAAUGUUGCAAAGAGUCAUCUACAAGAAUGAGACAAGGAUUUGAAAGACAACAAUAUAAAGGCAUGAGUUUUCUAAUUUUAUGUGUACGGAAUAUAUAUUUUAAAUAUAAGUUUUUCUACUUUAGAUAAAGUUAAUGUUGCUGUCACCUAGGUUAAGCACUACUUACUGUCUAUGCUAGUAAAAAUAUAAACCAAAAAAAGUAAAAAAUAUACCAUUGCCUUAAGGUAGUCAGCUUGAUUCAAUUUAGAUUUCAUUAUUAUUUUUUUUUACUUACUGGAAUUUUCUUAUAUGAAUAGUUUUGUAAUACCUUUUUUAUUUGUGAAUAAAAUUGUUACCUGGUAUUCUUA